GAAGAAAUCAAGAGGCUAAUUUUCCUGUUUUGUUGAUUCCUCUGAUAUUCAGAUUCUCACUUCUCAGGAAAACCCUAAAGGAAAAUUCUGUUUUUGAGAAAUAUGAAGAUACAAUGUGAUGUGUGUGAGAAAGCUCCGGCGACGCUUAUAUGUUGUGCCGAUGAAGCUGCUCUCUGCGCUAAAUGUGACGUUGAGGUUCAUGCUGCUAAUAAGCUAGCUAGUAAACAUCAACGCCUUUUUCUUGACUCUCUCUCAACUAAAUUCCCUCCCUGCGACAUCUGCCUUGAGAAGGCAGCUUUCAUAUUCUGUGUAGAGGAUAGAGCUCUGCUCUGCAGAGACUGCGACGAGGCGACCCAUGCACCAAAUACUCGCUCUGCUAAUCACCAGCGUUUCUUAGCCACUGGAAUCCGAGUUGCUCUUAGUUCCACUUGUUGCAGUCAAGAAGUGGAGAAGAAUCACUUCGACCCAUCUAAUCAGCAGAGUCUCUCUAAACCGCCAACUCAGCAACCCGCUGCUCCAUCUCCUUUGUGGGCUACCGAUGAAUUCUUCCGCUACUCUGAUCUCGAUUGCAGUAAUAAGCAGAAAGAGCAACUCGACCUCGGGGAGCUGGAUUGGCUUGCAGAGAUGGGUCUGUUUGGUGACCAGCCUGAUCAAGAGGCUCUACCGGCAGCCGAAGUUCCCGAGCUUUCCUUUUCACAUCUGGCUCAUGUUCAUUCCUACAAUAGACCUAUGAAGUCCAAUGUUCCCAACAAGAAGCAGAGACUUGAGUACCGGUAUGAUGAUGAUGAAGAGCACUUCCUAGUCCCUGACCUAGGCUAAACUAUGGAUGAACUAUUGAGCUUUGUAAUAAAUAGCACUUAGUUCG